AUGGUCAAGUCGCACGUCCUUGCGCUGGCGCUGGCGCUGCCCUCGAGCGCCUACCACGUCCUACCGCUGCACCGCGAUGUGCUUGGCGCACGAAGAAGCUUACGCCAGCUCGCCGACGGGUCGUUCCAAGUCGUGCCGCUCCGCCUUGACGCAGGCACCCACUACACAUACGCCUACCUCGGGUCGCCGCCCCAGCGCGCACCUGUGGUCGUCGACACGGGCAGCCACAUCCUCGCUGUGCCCUGCGCCGGCGGCGCGUCCUUUGAUGUGGCAUCGUCGACCACGCUGACGUACCCCAACUGCACGAGCGCCGCGAACACGUUCCAGUGCGCUGCUUGCGACGUCGAUGCCACGUGCCACAUCUCCCAGGCGUACUCGGAAGGCGGGGCGUGGACCGGCGUCGUCGUCAACGACGUCGUCGCACUCGGCGAUGACAAUAAUGCAUCGUCUCCGUACAGCACGCGCUUUUCUUUUGGUUGUCAGAAGGAAAUCACAGGUACCUUUCCUGCCACGAGUGGCGUCUUGGGCGUGGCCGACUCUGCCACGAGCUUUGUGCGGCAGCUCUACGCCGACAAGAAGAUCGACCAAAACGUCUUUUCGCUCUGCUUGACGUCGACCGGCGGCACGAUGGCGCUUGGUACACCGGUGGCCGCGCCCGACGAGCCCCGCCGACGCCUCGGUGCGCUCCAGUUUGCCCGCAUGGCGCCCAACACCAACGGGUGGUACGAGCUCACGAUCCGCGACAUUCGCAUUGGCGGCAAGCCGCUCGACCUCUCGCCGCGACUGCACCAGAGCGUCGUCCUCGACAGCGGGUCGCCGACGUCGUCGCUGCCAUCGGCGCUUCGCGACGAGUUUGAUCGGUCGUUCAAAAAUGCCGGCUUGAAGAAGUACAGAGAGAGCGACCUCACAGGCGGCUACGCGCGCGGCCAGCUCUCCAAGAUGCCAACCAUUGAAUACGUCUUUGAAGGCAUGGAAGGCGAAGACGUCGUGCUCACGGUCCCGCCAUCGCGGUAUCUCGUCCAAGGCGAGACCGGUCGGUUUGCGUCGUCCAUUGCACUCCUCGACGAUGCGCCCAUGGGCGUGAUUGGCGCCGACCUCAUGACCAACCACGACUUUGUGUUUGAUCCGGACCACCACCGCGUCGGCUUUGUGCCAGCCACGUGCGAGUACGGCGCGGCGCAGCAUGCGAACGCAAGCGGGAAUGGUUCGGCGCUCGACGAAGCCUCGUCGCAUUGGGAGGCGGCCGUGAUCGCCGAAGUCGGCGCCGAUGUGCUUGCGGAUGGUGACGACGACGACGACGAUGCCUACCCGGUGGUCAACACUGUCGUGGGCGUUGGCCUCGCGCUUCUCUUUCUGGGCGCGUGCGUCUACGCGGUGGUGCGCCCGGCCAAGCCUGCCAAAAGCGAAUGGACGUCGCUUGGCGUGAUUGACGAAGACGACGACGACGACGACGAGACGAACGAGCUCAUGGUGCCAAGCAGCCCGCGCGCGGCCGUUCUCGCCUACGAUGCCCACCCAGACGUGCACGACGCGUUCUUUGAGUCGACCCACGACGCCGACGCGGACGAUCACGACGCGCUCGAUCGGCUCUAA